CUACUUAUCAAAAAUUGUGUUAUUCAAACCUAAAAACAUGAAAUAUACUCGGACUUCUUAUUUUUGAAUAAUUAUUUCCUUAACACAACUAUAGAUAAUUUGUUUCUGCUAUACAAAAUGGCUUCCAUCAACAAAGUGAAAGUAAUGGUCGUUGGUGAUUCGGGGGUAGGUAAAUCAGCAUUUGUCCAUCUUGUCUGUCAUAGCCAACCCAUCACCAACCCAUCUUGGACUAUAGGCUGUUCCGUUGAUAUUAAGUUGCACGAGUACAAAGAAGGUACUCCCUCCCAGAAAACCUACUUUGUAGAAUUAUGGGACAUUGGUGGAUCAAGCAGUCACAGAAACACCAGAGCGGUAUUUUACAACUGUUUUCAAGGUAUCAUUUUAAUCCAUGAUUUGACCAAUAGAAAAUCACAUCAAAAUUUGAGGAAGUGGCUAGCAGAACUUUUGUGUAAAGAAGGAAAUGUCAAAAAAAACACUGGUCAUGAUUUUGAUCCAGAAGAGUUUGUAGACAACCAAAUUCCCAUACUAAUAAUUGGUACCAAGCUAGAUAUGGUUCAGCAGGGUUUAUCCCCUAACCGAUCGUCGUCUGUUGCUGAGGAGUGUGGAGCAGAUGAGUUCUAUCUUGAUUGUCAUCAGGCUAAAUCCCUAGCCCCUGGAUCGACAAAUGCUGUUAAAUUAAGUCGAUUUUUUGACAAGGUCAUUGAACGACGUUACUAUAGUCAGAAUUCUUCCCAAAUGACAACACUUCUGGACAGACGAAGAGUGGGUCCUUUAUCUCCAAAGCUUAGCCAUGUAGACUGAUCGAACAGGAUGAAGACUGGGUAGUUAAAUGUUCAAGUCUUUUGAGGGACAAAUCAGUCUUGUAUCUUGGGGAUCUUAUAUAGAUCCCUUACUACCUAUCAAAGAAGUUGUGAUAUGCAACAUGAUUAUUUAGAAAUCAAUUUAAGGGUUUUAUACAACCCUCACUUCUUGGGUUGUCACACCAAGAUUAGAAUAUUAACCUGUGAGACAAAAUGUGUUUAAUAGUGAUGCUUAUGUCUGAAUGCCUUAUUAGAAAGGAACUCAGUUUCCCUGUCAUAAAUUUAAAAGUAAUAUUAUAUAUAUAUAGAAUAAGUUUAUUUUAUGACCAGAAUUAGAAAAUUUCCGUCAUUAAUGAAAGGUAAACCUAAGAACAAAUUUUUUAUUUCAAUGAGCGGGAACAUUUCAACUUUCUAAAAUAGAAUUCUUUAAGUUACUUUCCAACUUGGUUUAGUUGCAGGCAGUGUUUUAUUGCUUAAAUUUUGCCAAUGAAUGAUAUUGUUUUGUUUUAACACCAACACCAAAUAAUUUUAAAUUUGUUUUUUGUAUUUCUUAGUGUGUUUACACGUAUCAUUUGGCACGUUGCUUGAAAUCAAAACACGAAUUUUGUCUUUAUUGUAAGUUAAAAAGCGUACGAAAAUUAUUUUGGUGAAACUUGUUUUGUUAUAUAUAGGAGAAGUUGUGCGAAAAGUCAAAUCUUUAAAAUCCUAGCGUCCUGAAACAGAAACAUGCAAAAAAAAAUUAAAACUCGAUAAAAUUAUCUCUGACAAGGAAAGUUCUCCGCUUGUCGGAGAUUGUGAAUGAAUUGGCAGUAGCCAAUCAAAAGACGGCUCAGAUUUCAAACAUGUUUAUGCCAGUCAUUUACUAAAACGAUCCACUAGAGGGCAGCAUUAGCGUUUGUUUAUUACACUCGCAUAAGAUCAUUGUGUUACUUUUUGUUUCACAUCAAAACCGCACGUUUUAAAAAUACUGAAACCGACUUAAUUAUAAUGUUUUCUUCGUUUGUUAAAUUUUCUGUUAGAUGGCAGCACCUACAAGAACACCGUAUCCAUAAACUUACUGGUUUAAUUGCUAUGACAACGCCAUUUUGAUCUCAUCCCUAGUUUAAUACUAAAAACCUUCCGCUUUGGUAAUAAUAAAGUUGUAUUUCCACGGUG